CCAUUGAUUAGUUCACCUGAUACACAUGAGGAGGCAUUCCUGUGUUGUAUCAUUCAGCUGAGUCGCUUCACGGUAUGCACUACAUUGUCAUAUCCACUGCAGUUUAUAAUUCUCCUCAUUGGUGGUCAGCGCUCCCCAAUUCUUGCUGCAAUCACACGUAUUCAUGCUGCAUGUAUGAUAGUAGGUAGAAAGAAGGAUAUGAAGAAAGACACAAAGAAGUGUGAGAAUCCCGAUGGCAGUGCUAAUAUUGGCAGCUCGUGGGGAAGUCAUAUGCUAAGAUGAGAAGCAGCUAUAUCAGAUCAGUGAUCUACAUGAGGAAACAACAACCCUUGAGCUAAGCGCAUAGUGUGACAACUUUGAAGAGUUUGCCAGUCAGCAAUUUUGAUCAAAGGUCCACAUUAUCAUACAUCAGAACUCAUAAAAAGGGGCUCGGCAUUCAUUUGCUGAGUACGGGCUUGGCGACCCCGGGGUCCUGAGCUGCGGACUGGUCAGCGCCGCCAGUCUCCUGUCACCGUAACCCCCGGACAUGCUUCAGCGACCACCGUAUGGCGUGGCGGUGGAAUGUUGUGUGCUGCGGGGAAUGGUAAUCUUGGCUUGACCGCCUGGAUUGCAAGGAAGGUUCAUCUGUUGAUGGCACAAACAGUUCAUGACUGCAGGGCUAUUGAACUUGUGGCUAACGUUGUUAUAUCAACAAAGUGCUCAACAGAUAUCCCAUACUGCUGUAAUAACACAUACCGGUGCUGUGUGUACAACAGAAGGCACGAAGAACUUUGGGAAACCUGGUACUUCUGGUUAGGCAUUACACUGAUUGCCCUAUUUGUGCUGACAUCUGCACUCUCAUAUGCUGUGGCAUACUUCAAAAGAAAGCAACAAAAUUUGAUCCGCAUCCACAAUGUGGCUACUCCCAGCAGUCCACCAAUCAGCACCAUCAGUGGACCUGGAGGAAUAAUACAGCCCAAGAUUGAUUACAGCAGCAAGGGUUCACAUUUGCGUGCCACAGCAUUCAUAACAAGCCCUGACCUAUACCUGGAGGAUUUUGCUGGGCCUUUGGAUCCACCAUAUCCAGCAACACAACCCAUCACAGUGGUCCGCGGCAGUGUCCCACCCCAAGGAUUUCGCCACACGCAGCACUACACAGAGCUGGUGCUCCCACCUGGUUAUGUUGAUACUGAUUACCAUUUCAAGCACACACUAUGAGAAGAACACUGUAAAUGAAUUUAUGAUUAUAUAUCUAAGGCUAAGUGAAAUAAUCUGUGUAUAUGUGUACCUUCUCAAGUCUGUAGUACAAGAUAACUGUGAAAUCUCUCAGAUCAUCAUGUAACACAUGAAUAACUAUUGUGUAAGAUUUACUUAAAAGCAAUUUAGCAGUCCUGAACAAUCCACAAAUAAACAGAAAUUAUGUUGCUGGAAUUCAGCAGACUUGCAUACAUAAGUAGAUCAUUCAGUAUCAUCUUAGCUUUCACAAUGUCCAUGGCUUUCUCAUGAUAAAGAAAUUAGCAUAGGAAAAAAAAUACGUCUUUCAGUAUUAUCUGUAAAAAUGAACUUCACAGUAUUAAAAUUUAGAAAUAACUUUUUUAUGUUUAUCAUAACCAUUUCACAUUCAUCACUUAGUAUCACCAAGGUGUUUCUUUUUUAUGGAUUGACAGACACUUUUUGUGCACCCUUAUAGAUUAUGUGUUUCAUUUUUCAGAAUAAAAUCCAUAAUUCAAAUAGAUGUCUGACAAGGGUCUUCCCUGUCAUUUUGGAAGGCCAUAAUGGAUCACAUAUUUGUAUAUUGUUUGACAUUAUUUUUCUUUAUCGUUCUUUGCAUACUUAUGGUGGCUGUUUUUCAGCCUCAGUUUCUACAAUCAUCUAUAUUUCAGUCUUUCACUGAUUGUGAUAUAAAAUUAGACUAUUUGAGAACAAAAUUUGUUAAUUACCAUAAGAGAAAUAGAAUCCAUAGAACCCCAAGAACAAAAUAUGACCAAAUGUCACAGCGAAAGUAAGUCAUAAUAUAGUCAACUUCUUAAAGACUAAUUCAAGUCUAGCCAAGAAACAGCUCUGUUUUUCGGAACAAUUAUUUUGGUAGGUGCAGCAGGAUUUUCAAAACCUGUUCUAUGAGUAUUUCCAAGAUAAUGUUAGUAUUACUAAAUACAAUGUGUUGGGCUGGAAGCCAUGAGACCAUCCGUGCACAUGAAGAAAGACUCAUUGUUUUAUGGCUCUGGCAGGAUUGUUACUCACAAACAAGACAUCUAAUUAAUGAAGUGAAGCAAUAGGUCUUAAAAAGAAAGUUUAAGCUCUAUUAUUCUUGUAGUAACCCAACACUAAGUACCAUAACAAAUCAAUACAGCAUGUAAUAUCUCGUAACUUGGGAGUAGCCCUACAUAUUUUGCAGCUGCAUAUAGCUAAGCACUGUUAGAAAUAACUAACAUGAAAAGGUCAUUUAACAAACUGCUGGAUGAUGCUUUCAACAAGCAUAAAAGAUGGGCUUCUGAAUGUAGAUACUCUUAACGACUAAAGAAGCACUUCAAAGGAAGGAAGAUCAGGGCUUAACAUCUCAUCAGUAAUAAAGUCAUUAGAGAUGGAACACAAACUCAAAUUGGAGAAAGAAAGUGAUUGUGUCAUUUCAAAGCAUUCAUCCUAAUAUUUUGCUUAAGUGAUUUAGGAUAACCAUGGAAAUCCUAAAUCUGGAUGGCUGGGCCUGACACAGUGAUUUGAACCAUGCUACCCCAGAGGACAGGAGAAGAUGCUGACUUAUACAGUUACUAGAUUUAGAGUGACACUUUGUACUUAACAAAGAUUCAAGGCAAGA